GCGCCCCUCCAGUGCGCAGUAAUGCAUAACUCUAAGAUGUGAUCAUGAACGUUAACCAAAAUCUGAAUAGUACCAGGUGAUGUUGAAAUUAUUGUUCAUUCAAAUGAGCAUUCGAGAAAAUUAUCACAUAAAAGUUGGAGUUGAAAGAUUUCGGGUGAUUUUUGAAGACUCCUAGUUGUUGAUUAUUAAAAAAUUGUUGCUGCGGUGGAGAUUGGAUUGAAGAACCUUGAACAGCUGAGGAUUAUUACUUAAAAAAAUAAUGUCGAUUGCUGAUAGUCAGGGUGGUCUUGUUGCUCAGCUGGCACAAUCUAUGGGGGCCUCCGAACCCGCCUUAAGACUCAUUAUUUCAAUUUCCCUAGGCUUUCCAUUGGCUUUUUUGCACCGGCAUACUCUCUAUGGCAAAAUUCCCCUCCAUCAACAUGUUUUCUUUAUUGCCAGUGGUGUACUUUUGGGUAUCUGGAAUUUCGGUUGGGACAUGAGUCACUCCGCAAUAGCUUUAUGCACAACGUACCUGUUUUUACUAGUCUUUGGAGGUUCAAAGUUAGCAGUUGCUGUUACCUCAAUAUUUAAUAUGACACAUUUAUUAUACGGCUAUUGGACAACAAGCACUGAAGAUUAUGAUAUUAAAUGGACAAUGCCCCAUUGCGUAUUGACCCUGCGACUGAUAGGUCUCGCUUGGAACUAUUACGACGGAAGUAGAGACAGGAAGUUUCUCUCCGAGUACCAAAAAAAUGUCUCCCUAAAGAAAUUACCAUCCCUCCUGGAAUGCGCUGGAUUCACAUAUUUUCCUGGGGCAUUUCUCGUCGGACCGCAGUUCAGUAUGAAACGAUAUCUCGAUUACGUCAAUGGAGAUCUCAUAGAAAGUAAAUCUCCAGAGCCAGAAGUGUUGCCAGAUAAUAUAGUACCUGCGAUAAAACGAACUGCUUUGGCAAUUGUAUACCUUAUAAUUUAUCACAUAGGGGCGACGUAUUUACCUGAUGAGUACCUCCUGAGCGAUUCUUUUGGCAAUUUGAAUUUUAUUAAGAGAAUUUUUUUGUUGGGGCUGUGGGCUAGAGUCUGUCUGUAUAAAUACAUUGGGUGUUGGCUGUUGACGGAAGGGGUGUGCACGACGUUUGCUAUGUCGUACAACGGACGCGACGAGAAUGGCCAAUCAAAGUGGGACGGUUGCGCCAAUGUUGAUCUGUUUACAUUUGAAAAUGCCACAACAUUCAAUCACUAUAUACAGUCCUUCAAUAUGAACUCGAAUCAGUGGUUCGCCGAGUAUAUAUACAAACGUCUCAAAUACCUCGGUUCACGCAACGCGAGUCAAUUAUUUACUCUUCUAUUUAUUGCUGUUUGGCACGGCUUCCAUUUUGGUUAUUACCUUACCUUCUUCAAUGAAUUCAUCAUAAUGUACUUCGAGAAGGACAUAACUCCAGUUCUCCGGAAAAAUGAUAAAUUACAAGCAGCUAUUGCCACUGGACAUGGAAGAGUCAUGACGUGGACACUCCAGAAAAUCUACACACUCAUAUUUAUGGGCCAUGCAUUCGUACCAUUUGGCUUACUUUCGUAUUCCCAUUACAUGCAUGUGUACUCGAGUGUUUAUUACUUCGGAUUCAUAGUAUUCUGUGGUUAUCCAUUCGUUGCGCCUUACGUGAAACGAAUCAUUCGAGGAAGUGCAACGAGACCACACACCGAAUAAUUCCCGUUGAUUUUUCUCUGAAUUAGUUUACUCACAAGUGAUGACGAUUGAGAAUGGGAAUUUAAUGAUGAUGAAGUUGGGGUGAUGAUUUAUGGGGAUGGACUUUCUCUUUGCAGGUCUCUAGCCGUCCGGAAUUUAUUUUUUUUUCUGGGGGAAUGGGAAAUUAUAUUGACAAUGUGAGUGAGAAGAGAAACUAGAUGAGCAGUCUUUCCACGAGAUGAAUUUCUCGUUUUCCAAUAUUUUUAAUCUAGAGGAAAGGGCAUAAACGGUUUAAGAAUAUCUCAGUCUUUUUGCGGUUAAAUGCCUAUUGAACGUCAAUACUAUCUUUUAAUAUUAAUUUUUUCAAUAAAUGUAAAUUCAAUUAAUUGUUAAGCCCCUGAAAGAACCUCUCAUUUUAUCAAAUAUAAAGCAACAAAUAAAUUGCAUAAAUAACUCAAAUAAAGCAUCUGGAUAUCCUUCAGCCGUUGUACCUCUUUGCCACUGACUUAAUUUUUUAGAAUCAAUACAUUUUUUUGUAUUCUCCGACAAUAUUCCAGUCUUUUCUUUUUCAUAAAAAGAAAAUUCGUAUUGAUUUACGUGGGCUUCCGUCAUUGCUAUUGAAAAUAUCAUUUUCUAAAUAGAAAAAUUUUCAACAGCGAUGAUCAAUCGAGUAUCUAUUGUGUUCGAUGAAUUUUCCACCAAAAUGAAAAGAUAAAAACAGUAUGAAUAAAUUGUAUUUUCAGUAA